GGACAUACACACAAGUUAUUCUACUCGCGUAGACUAUAUUAUUCCAAGGAAUUCCUUUCUUGUUUCUCACCUAAGUAACCUUCACCUCUUUUAUUAAUAUUAUUGUUUCUUUUUCGUUUUCAACUUGUUAGCGAAAUCAAAAAAACAAACAUACACACCAUGCUCCGCUUCGGUCGUCUGUGCACCCCCAAGGCUGCUGGUAUGCAGCGCCGCUUCCUGAACAUCCACGAGUUCCAGUCGAAGCAGAUCCUCAAGGAGAACGGCGGUAAGGUGGAGUUCGGUAUUGCGUGUAAGACGAUUGAGGAGGUCGAGGCGGCGUGCGCCAAGAUCAAGACAGAGAAGAAGGUGGUCAAGUCGCAGAUUCUGGCCGGUGGCCGCGGCAAGGGCACCUUCAAGGACGGCUACAAGGGCGGUGUGCAUGUGUGCGAUAACGCCGCGGCUGCCGUGGAGGCGGCGAAGCACAUGCUCGGCAACACCCUCAUCACGAAGCAGAGCGGCGCCAAAGGCCAACUCGUCAGCACCCUCUACGUGACCGAGGCCGUCUCCGGCAUUAAGCGCGAGCUGUACCUCUCCCUCAUCCUGGAUCGCAAGAGCGCCUCCCCGAUGUUCAUUGGGAGCGCGGAGGGUGGCAUGGGCAUCGAGGAGCUCGCCAAAUCCCACCCGGAGAAGAUUAAGACGAUGCGGGUGAACAUCGCCGAGGGCGUCGACCACGACGCCGCUGUCGCGUACGCGAAGGAGCUCGGCUUCGCGGGUGAGACGGCGGAGCGCGCGGCGGAGCAGCUGAAGGUUUUGUACAACAUCGGCAAGUCGGACGACUGCACCAUGGUGGAGAUCAACCCCUUCGUGGAGCUGGAGAACGGCGACGUGAUGGAGAUCGACGCGAAGCUCAGCUUCGACGACAACGCUAUGUUCCGCCAAAAGAAGAUCUUCGCCCUCGAGGACAAGACCCAGAUCGACAGCAAGGAAGUGCUCGCCAAGAAGUACGACCUGAACUACAUUGCACUGGAGGGCAACGUCGGCUGCCUCGUGAACGGCGCCGGUCUCGCCAUGGCCACGAUGGACCUCAUCUCGCUGCAUGGCGGCAGCCCGGCCAACUUCCUUGACGUCGGCGGUAGCGCCUCCGAGGAGCAGAUUGUGGCCGCCUUCAAGAUCAUCACGGGUGACCCGAACGUGAAGAGCAUCCUGGUCAACAUCUUCGGUGGUAUCAUGCACUGCGACGUCAUCGCCGAGGGUGUCGUGAACGCCUCUAAGACGCUGAACACGAAGGUGCCGAUUGUGGUGCGUCUCAGCGGCACCAACGAGCAGCUUGGCAAGGAUAUCAUCCGCAAGAGCGGCCUCGCGAUCCACCCUGCUGACGACUUCGAGUCUGCCGCGCUUAAGGCGGUCGAGUUGGCCAAGAGCCACUGA